AUGUCGCUCACUCCACUUCCAGAAGAUCUCAAGGAGUUUCUCGAGCCGUAUCUUCCCCUGGCUCCCAAGAAUUCUAGUCAUCCAUUUGUCACCUUGACGUGGGCCCAAUCACUUGACUCGAAGAUUCUGGCGGCGCCUGGGGUCCGCACCGUGAUUAGCCAUGCCGAAACCAAGACCAUGACCCAUUACCUUCGCAGUCGCCACCAGGCAAUUUUGAUCGGCGUGGGUACGGCAUUAGCCGACGAUCCCAAGCUUACCUGUCGUUAUCCUGAUGACACUAAGCCCAGUACCAUUUUCCCGUUUGUGGUGGAUCCUAAGGGACGCUGGGACUACCUGAAGCUGACAUUAUAUCAGUUGAAUAAGGAGAAAAAGGCGUGGGCGCCUUACAUCAUUACCCUGGAGCAAGUGGAUGAUGGCGGACUUUUGGAGCUGAUGGGAGGCCGGCGAAUAAUUUUACCAUUGAGAGAUAGCGACAGUUUACAAAAUAGACUCGCUAACUGGGAAUUCAUCCUCAGCGCCAUGAGAGGUUAUGGUGUUGAACUGGUGAUGAUUGAAGGGGGCGCUACCAUUAUCAAUGAUCUAUUGGUGAGUGGCCUUGUCGACUCGAUAAUCACCACUGUGGGACCCGUGUUUUUGGGGUCCGAAGGCGUCAAUGUGAGCCCGCCAUCAGCGAUUGAGCGCCUCCGCGACGUGCGGUGGUGGACUGGGGUCCAAGACGCGGUGGUGGCGGGACGUCUCCCGGAAGAGACCACGUAA